AUGUCCACUUCUGUCCCCCUGAUGCUGACUGAUUUAGGAUGGGUCCUUUGUGAAGCUCAAAUGAGUGAGUGGUUUAAUGGGACUGUGUUCGUGGAACGUCCAUGGCCAGAGGCAGAGAGGUGGCUGCUGGUGGCUGUGUUGGGACUGGAGAUGGUCAUGGGAGUUAUGGGAAACUGUCUUGUUCUGCUGGUCAAAGUCAUGGAAGUCAUCAUUUCUGAUAAUGAACCACUGUGUUGUGAAGGCUGCUCCCUCCUCAUCAUCUCCGGCUCCCUGUUGGCCAUGCUGACAGGAGGUCAGAGGUCACCGUGGUGUGAGGUCGUCAGCCUGCUUAAGUUUGCCUUCAUCACCUCCUCUAUAGGGAGCAUAGCUAUCCUCUGUUUGCAACGGUUGAUUGGCAUUGCCACAACAGGAAGUGCUCUCUUUGUUGUCAUGGUGACAGCCUGCUUGGCUUCUUGGGUGACAGGGCUGGUGUUUGGCAGCGUCCCUGUUGUCUACGCCUGGAUCAGGUAUGACCCUGCAGAGAUGCUGUGUGCUGUCUUCUGGGAGAACAGCUACUCAGACAUGUUGGUCUACCUUCUCUGUGCUUUCUCCAUCUGUAUCUUCCUCCCCUUCCUCCUCAUCUUCUUCUGCUCUCUACUGAGUGCCGCUGGCUGCCGCUCGAGCUGCAACAGUGAUAAUGAAGCAGAUCUGUCUGCAGUCUGUCCUCUGCUGGUGGCCUCUUACAUGUUCUGCUACACUCCCUUUGUUGUGUCUGAGCUGAUCCUGCUGGGCAGGAUGGACCUGUCACCGGCACCUGAUUGGUUAAGGACACUGUCAUCAGUGAUGUCAUACCUGGACUGUGGUCUGAACCCUCUUAUUUACUGCUCCCAUCAGAACUUCCGGGAGGCGGGCCUGGCCCUUUUGUGGACCAAUAGGAAACCAUCGUCAGAGCCUGUCCUCACUUAUAUCACUAAACAUGACGUGUAAACAUGUGAGGGGUUCCACAUUUAUUCCCCAGACAUUUCAAGAACCCACAAAUGACACAUCUCAUAAACAGCUGCAUUUAUCUGAGGUCAGUAUGUAAUUACUGGCAUUUCCCCUUCUUUAUCCUUAUAAUAUAUCAUAUCAAGUCAUUACUAUUUUCUUUCUUUAAAACCUGUUGAAAAGUAAAGAAAUAUAUAUUAUAUUUGCUCCAUUUCCUUUUUGUUGCGAUGACUAAAUUAAAAGUUGAAAAGUUUCAAUUAAA